AUGGCAGGACACGAGCUUCAGGUCCUACCACCGGGGGCCGGGUAUGGAAUAGUUAUUGGUAUCGGUGGGGUCUUUGCGUUGUUUAUGCUCGGACUCACCUGGCUUCAGAAUCGUUAUACAUCAUUUUCGACUGCGCAAGCUGAAGAGUUCAACACGGCUUCCCGCUCUGUCAAGCCAGGUUUGAUCUCUGCUGGCAUUGUCUCUUCAUGGACAUGGUCCGCGACGCUGUUGACGAGUUCGACCUUUGCCUAUACCUAUGGAGUCUGCGGCCCUAUGUGGUACGGUGCCAUGGGGACGCUGCAAGUCUUGCUCUUCGCUCUCAUCGCCCUCAAGAUCAAGGCCAAUGCGCCGGGUGCACAUACGUUCCCUGAGAUCAUCCUGGCCCGGCAUGGAAAGAUUGCUCACAUCACCUAUCUUUUCAAUGGACUUGCAACUAAUCUCCUAGUUGGUGCAUGUCUGGUCCUAGGCGGCUCCCAAGUCGUUGCAGCCCUGACCGGAAUGAACGUGAUCGCUGCAUGUUUUCUGAUCCCAUUCGUGGUUGCAGCCUAUGUUAUUUCAGGCGGAUUACGCUCAACACUAAUCGCCGACUAUACUCACACAGUCCUGUUGUUUAUAGUUAUCUUGGUCUUUGGUUUUCUGGUCUACUCCACGAGCGAUCUCAUUGGAAGCCCAGCCAAAUUCUACGACUUGCUUGUGGAAGCGUCGAAGGAUAUGCCAAUUGAUACAAACACCGGUGGGUCGUAUCUGGCGUUUCGUUCUGUCGGGGGUCUCGUAUUCGCUAUCGACAUAUUCGUGGCCGGGUUCAGUACAGUGUGGCUAGACCAGGCGUACUGGCAGCGCGCAAUUGCUUCGAGACCAGAGUCAUCAGUGAAAGCUUAUAUUCUCGGCGGAAUCGCCUGGUACGGCAUUCCUUUUGGAUUCGCCAGCGCAAUGGGCCUGGGAUGUGCCGCUCUGACACGAAGUGCACAAUUCCCAACAUACCCAAACCCUCUCUCAGCCGAACAGGUCAAUGCAGGUUUAUCUGCGCCUGCGACGGCUGUAGCUCUUCUGGGAAAGGGGGGCGCGGUGCUGAUACUUAUCCUUCUUUUCAUGGCAGUUACAAGCUCCACGUCCGCUGAGCUUAUUGCCGUCUCCUCACUCUUGACCUUCGAUAUAUACAAGACCUACUACCGUCCACAGACAUCGUCGACAAAGCUGGUUCGGAUCAGCCACUGGGGCAUUGUAAUAUAUGCCGUUGUUCUCGCCGUCUUCUGCACCAUCUUGAACGAAGUCGGAUUAAGCUUGACCUGGUUACUGACAGUGUUGGGCGUAAUCGUCGGUGGUGCUGCUGUCCCUGUGGGCAUGAUCCUUCUGUGGCGCUGUCCCUGUGGGCAUGAUCCUUCUGUGGCGCCGCAUGUCGACCGUCGCGGCCAUUGUAUCUCCGUGGAUAGGACUUGCGAUGCCACCAAUGCCGUUGCAGGCAACAUCACAUCCUGGGGAGUUGGAACGAUCAUGGCAGUUAUCCUAACCUAUGCGUUCCCGAAGAAAUAUGUCUCUACGGACCCGAAGCAUAUCAGCCGCAUGAACAAGAUCCAAGGCAUCUCACUAGGGAGAUCCCAGACGUGCAGCCACGACGUCGAAGACGCAACUCAACGUCAAGACGAACCGACAGCCAUCGUGGAUGAUAAAGCCGGGCCAUUGACGUCUGAGAAGGCCUCUGCCACGGUACCUGGGACGGACGACCAGCCAGUGUCUAGUACUGCCGGGGACGGGGACGAAGAGCCAGUUCUUGACGACGCUCCGCAUAUAGAUCCGAUGGACCCUGUUUUAGUACGUAAGGCAGAGCGUCUCGCCAUCGCUGCCAACACGAUCUUUCUGCUCGUGGCUGUUAUUCUGGUCCCGUUCACCCUAUUCGGAACCAGGUAUAUCUUCAACAAGUCAUUCUUCACCGGGUGGGUUGUUGUGUCUUUUAUUUGGGUUUGGACGAGCAUGGUUAUAUGCGUCAUUUAUCCAGUCGUCGAGAGCGUUGGCGCCCUACGAGACAUUACGAACGGUAUUCUUACAGACAUCAGACGUUUGGUUAGAUCGAAGAGAUAA